CUCUAUUUAAUUCCAAUCUAACGGCUGGAAAAAGAAAAGAAACAUAACAUUCGUAGUUGGUAGAGAUGGCGGCGAGAGGCAAAGGGAGUGUGAGUUUAGAGGGACAGAAAGUCAUUCUUGUUCCGUACAUGGAGUCCCACGUGCCCAAGUAUCACUCCUGGAUGCAAGACCCUUCUCUUCUUCAGGCUACUGCCUCAGAAUCUCUCUCCCUCGACCAAGAGUAUCACAUGCAACUUUCCUGGUCUCAGGACCUUAACAAGGAUACGUUUAUUGUACUCGAUAAAGAUUUGCUUCUUGGAAAUUUCUCUCAUGGGGAACCCCAUGUUGAAGCCAUGGUUGGUGAUGUAAAUAUCUUCAUGAAUGACUUGGAUAAUCCUCACAUGGCAGAGAUUGAAGUAAUGAUUGCUGAACCAAAAAGCCGUGGAAAAGGACUAGGAAAGGAGUCUGUUCUGAUUAUGAUGGCCUUUUCUAUCGAGAGCUUAGGAAUCAAUGUCUUUCGUGUCAAAAUUGGAGAAUCAAAUGAAGCAUCCCUUAACCUAUUCAAAAAAUUGGGUUUUGUGCAGACUUCAUAUAGCAAUAUCUUCCGUGAGGUAACUUUGGAGUGGCAAGUAUCAGAGCUCAAGAAUGAAGAGAUGGUUGGUUUGUCGGCUACUAUGAUUAAACAUAAAUAAAUGUUACAUUUCAGAUCAUCUUGUUAAAUUUUAAUAGCGGAUGCCAGAUAUUCACUCCUCCUUAUAUGACGUUUCCCAUUAAUCGUUAUUUAAUGAGAUGGAGGAGGGUUUUCAAGCCUCUCUUUUGAUAA